AUGGUUCUCGGCCCUAUCCACGACAGGAUCAUCCUGCUUCUCUUCCUCCGCCGCGUAAUUACGCUGGCAGACUGUGCGACUCUGUCCGCGACGCUUCCUGGCUCCCCAUCCGCCCAGGACAUCUUCGACCGCGCUCUCCUGCUGCGUGGUCGUCGAGACGCAGCGCAAGCUGCGCUGAAACCAGGUGAGCUCGACCCAAUCGAUGUCAACGCGGCAUUGAUAUUGACGAGCAUGCAGCGUGAGGACAGGAGGUUGGGAGCGGAGCAGGAGGAGGGGCAAGGGGAGACGGGGGCAGAUCUUGCGCGUGGUGGUGUGCCAUUGGCCGUCUUAAUGGCGGCACAGGAGGAACUGGGAGAGGAGGAGGAGGAGGAGUAG